GACCUUGGUCUUGCUAGUGUUGUAUUCCUAAUAUAAAGAGGAGAAAGGGGGAGCGCGGUCCUGUAGGUAAAGCAAGAUUGCUAACGCCACAAACGAUACGAGCUAGAGAGAUCGAGCAACAAAUACCAUGGACAACACCACAGACAGCACAUCUGAUAUGGCCAUUCAUGGGUUGGCCGCCAUAGCAGGCUACACUCCAGGGCCGUCUAUCUUGGAAGAACCAUCUCCCUCCGAAAAUAGGGCCCUAAGAAGGCGAUCCAGACGGCGACGAGAACCUAGCCCGGUCUCAAGCUCUAGCUCAAGUUCAGAUGAUCCUGACCUUGAAGAACGGGCAUUCAGUUUAUAUCUCCGCCGCAAAGGGGAAGACUUAGAGUCUGCAAUUUCUGCAGCUGAGCAAUGCAGGCUCGCGUGCUGGAACGCGCGGGAUUUCGCGUAUCGCGUGGAAAUGGAUGUCUUGGAAUCGCCUGUCAACAACAUCCCCACGGCCUACGCAGUCGAGAGACUUGACCGGUUAACUCUCGAGGCGAUUAGCCAAGCCACGCAAGCAGACAAGAUCUACGACAACCUCGGGCGAAUCUACAUCUAUCCCAGCGCGCUACAUGUGCGAGCAUCGAAGCAACUGGAGAUGGAAGCCGUGCAGGUAGAGUUCUGGGAGAAUCUAGCGGAAUGGAAGAAUAUCAAUGCCGCUACUCAAACAGUACUCAGGAGAGCCUACCAAGCUCGCGCUGGACUACCGCCUCAGUGGGAACUCGGUGAAGCACCACCCCAAAAAGACGACGACGGAGGAGGUGUUGAGGGUGGGAACAAAGGCAUCGUCGAAGAUGAUGGGUCCGAGCAGUCGCUUAGCCCUCCUUCUAAGAUCCCGAUGAAGCGCACUUUUAUGGAAGAGCCCACGUCUUCGUCGGAUGAGGAUGGCAAUGAGGUGUCUACCAUGGACGUCACCCCAGACUUGUGGACCGUGAGGAAAAGGAAGAGGCCGAAACUAGAGGAAAAGCAAGAGGGUUCGGCUGAGGAAUUUGGAGAGUAG